AGUACAGUAGUAUUCAAGAAAGCAGACGUCAUCAAUAAGAAGAGUUUCACACCCAGAAUCUCAUCGCCCAGCAAACAGCAUCGAUCGAGCAGCAAACCGGCGACCUCUUCCUGCUCCUGCAUUGCAAGCCCAAGGCAAUGGCGGCAAUGGCUUCCCCCACCACGUCCACCAUCCUCUCCACCCUUCUUCUCUUCCUGAUGCAUUUGAACACCUCUCCGGCGACGGCCUUCUACCUCCCGGGGAGCUACCCGCACCGCUACCUCCCCGGCGAGGCCCUCGCCGCCAAGGUGAACUCCCUCACCUCGCCGUCCUCCAAGCUCCCUUUCCCCUACUACUCCCUCCCCUUCUGCGCCCCGCAAGGCGGCGUCAGCCGCGCCGCCGAGAGCCUCGGCGAGCUCCUCCUCGGGGACCGCAUCGAGACGUCGCCCUACCGCUUCUCCAUGCUCGAGAACAGCAGCGCCGCCUUGUUCCUCUGCCGCACUGACCCGGUGUCCCCCGCCGCCGCUGACCUCAUCAAGUCCCGCAUCGACGAUGCUUACCACGUUAACCUCCUCCUCGACACGCUCCCCGUGGUCCGGUACGUGAAUAAUCCCAUCGCGCCGGAGGUGCUGCUCCGGUCCACGGGUUUCCCCGUCGGCGUGCGCGCCGAUGACGGGGAGUACUACGUGUACAACCACCUCAGGCUCACGGUCCUGGUCAACAAGCAGAAGAAUGGCACCACCAGGGUGGAGGCCUUGAUGGCCACCGCCGACGCGUCUGAGCUUAUCAGCCUAUCAGGCGGCGGCGGCGGCGGGUACACCGUCGUCGGGUUCGAGGUCGUGCCGUGCAGCGUGGAGCACGACGAGGCGGCCAUCGGGGACAAGAAGAUGUACGACGGCUUCUCGUCCAAGGCGGCCGCCGGAUGCGACCCUUCUGUGGUCGGCAUGCGCGUGCAGGUCAACAGGCCGCUGGCCUUCUCCUACGAGGUUGCCUUCGUGGAGAGCGCCGUGGAGUGGCCGUCGCGGUGGGACGCGUACCUGGAGAUGGGCGGCGCCCAGGUGCACUGGUUCUCCAUCCUCAACUCCAUCGUGGUGGUGGCGUUCCUGGCGGCCAUCGUGCUGGUCAUCCUGCUGCGCACCGUGCGGCGCGACCUCGCGCAGUACGAGGAGCUCGGCAGCGAGGCGGCCCCGCACGCCGACGACAUGGCCGGGUGGAAGCUCGUGGCCGGGGACGCGUUCCGGGAGCCCAGCCACCCGGUGCUCCUGUGUGUGAUGGUCGGCGACGGCGUGCGCAUCCUGGGCAUGGGCAUGGUCACCAUCCUCUUCGCGGCGCUCGGGUUCAUGUCUCCGGCAUCCCGGGGCGCGCUCGUCAGCGGCAUGCUCUGCUUGUACCUCGUCCUGGGCCUCGCCGCCGGGUACACCUCCGUGCGCCUCUGGAAGACGGUGCGGCACGGCGACAGCGCCGGGUGGAAGGCCGUGGCAUGGCGCGCCUCCUUCGUGUUCCCGGGCGUCGGGUUCUCCGUCUUCACGGCGCUCAACUGCGUGCUGUGGCACAACGGCAGCACGGGCGCCGUGCCGUUCGCGCUGUUCGUGGUGCUGAUCCUGCUCUGGUUCUUCGUGUCGGUGCCGCUGACCCUGGCCGGCGGCCUCCUGGCGUCGCGCGUGCGCGGCCACGUGGAGUACCCCGUGAAGACGAACAAAAUCGCGCGGCAGGUGCCGGCGGCGCAGUGCUCGCCGUGGGUUUUCGUGGCGGUGGCGGGCACGCUGCCGUUCGGGACGCUCUUCAUCGAGCUCUUCUUCAUCAUGUCGAGCCUGUGGCUGGGGCGGGUGUACUACGUGUUCGGGUUCCUGCUGGUGGUGCUGGGGCUGCUGGUGGCGGUGUGCGCCGAGGUGUCGGUGGUGCUCACGUACAUGGGGCUGUGCGUGGAGGACUGGCGGUGGUGGUGGCGCUCCUUCUUCGCCUCCGGCUCCGUGGCCGCCUACAUCCUCGGGUACGCCGUGUACUACCUCGUGUUCGACCUGCACAGCCUCAGCGGCCCGGUGUCCGCCGCGCUCUACGUCGGGUACUCGCUGCUCAUGGCGCUCGCCGUCAUGCUGGCCACCGGCGCCGUCGGGCUCGCCGCCUCCUUCUGCUUCGUCUACUGCCUCUUCUCCACCGUGAAGCUCGAUUGAUGACCCCCGUGUUGUUUCCUGUCAUUUUAGAUUAUCUUUUUUUUUUGCCUGACGGUAACAUUUCAGAUUUUAAUCUCUGUUGUAAAAAAACUACUCAUUGAAGCAAAGAUAAUAAGCAGGGGUAAAUUCCUAUUCGAAAAACGCCACAGCAGUAGCAACUACAGUUGCUUCUCCUAAUGACUCUGACGAAGAACUCACAACAGAUACAGCAUGAUCACUAUAUCAACCUGAUCGACAUAAUAAUCGUUCGUAUAUGUACAAUCUACAUCUUUACAAACUUUCGUGUUUCACACAUUGUUGUUAUAGUUUCUUUAUCUGCUUGUGUUUGCAAUUUUGCCAAGCCCCAUUGAUGUGGGAGUAUUAUAAUUGGGUUAGCAUACAAUAGGUAAUGUUGAAUUAUAAUUAUACAAUAUUGUUACAUCAAGACAUGAUAGGAUUUGAUUUUAUAUGUACUUAAAAAGUUUGAUUAAGUUUUAUGUGGAUGAAGUGUUCGAAGGCCGAGGAAAUUGAUUUGAGAAGAAUAAGGAGAGGCGGCAGUUCAAGCUUUGGGAUUUCCAAGGCACCCAAAGUAAAUAUUCAAGGACACUCAAGCAUCUAAGUUUAGGGAUG